GUUGUCGUUUUUGUCAGUCAAUAUAAGAAUUUUGUCAAGUGAACAUUAAAAGUAAAUUUUCCUGUGUUAAAAACAAAGAGCAAAAUAUAGACAUAAAAUAAUGAAUUUUAUUAGAUUUUUAUUGGUUAUAGCUGUGCAAGUUAUUGUGAUAAAUUCAUAUCCAACACCAACAUUAAGAAAAGAAAUCGAUCAGUUCCAAAAUGUGAUAAAUUUUCAAAGAAUUACAGAAAUAAUUCGUGAAUAUUGGGAAAAUGAUCCAAACAUUCAGGCACUUAUAAAGUAUCUGAAAGGUGAUACAUUCAAGUCUGCAUGGAACAUCCUAGCACAGUCAGAGGAUGUCGAUAAUAUUGUUGAAUGGAUGCAUACACAUGGCGUGGAUAUAGAAGAAAUUGUAGAGAAUUUAUUCCAAGAUAUCAUCACCAUCCAUCAAUCAUCGCUACAAUUCGAACGGAUAAUUUUUGAACAAUUUUCACUUACAACAUUUGAGGAUGAAAUUAGGAAUGAAAUAAAAUAUGACGAAAUGAAUGCACUUAUUGAUAGCUACAUAAAUGAUGGAAAUGAUUUUACUCAUCUAUAUUUGAUAUUAAAAGUUAAAUGUCCACAGGCACCAGGCAAGCCAUAUUUGCUACCCGGCUUGUCGACAGAAGAACCCGAAAUAAUGGUUACAAUUAAGUGGCAACCACCAGCCGUUGAUGGUGGUUCUGCUAUUAUGGGAUACAUUGUGGAGCACAAAAGAACUGGCUCACCAAAUUGGGUUCGUGCAACUCCACAGUCUGUACAGUUUACAGAAUUGUCAAUAAGUGGUUUAGAGCCUGGCUGGAGAUAUCAGUUUCGCGUAAUUGCAGAAAAUGCCGUUGGAUAUUCACAACCGAGUGAACCGUCCGAUCCAUUAACAGUAACUUUGCAACGUAACUUAACUGCAUUUACAGCACCGAGAUUUUUAUCAGAACUUGAAGAUUUUAAUGGAAUUGAAAACGAGAAAGUUGAAUUUAAAGUUAGAUGUAUUGGAACUCCAUCAGCACAAAUUUCAUGGUUUAAAGAUGGAUUUGAAAUUUUUAGUAGUCGACGUGCAAAAAUUGUAACCGAAAACGAUGCCAGUACAUUAAUAUUUUAUCAAGCAUCAUUGACCGAUGAAGGUGAAAUCAAAUGUACGGCAACAAAUCGAGCUGGAUAUGCUUUUACAAAAGCUCAUUUAAGUAUUGAGGCGCCACCAAAGAUUCGAUUGCCACGACAAUAUGAAGAUGGUUUGAUAAUUGAAGCAGAAGAGGUAGUUCGAUUGAAAGUUGGAAUAGCUGGAAGGCCUGCACCGAGCAUUGAAUGGAGUCAUAAUGGCGAAAUUAUCACUUCCAGUGGUCGAUACGAAAUUACUAGUAAUGAUAAAAAUUCAACGCUAAAAAUUGCCAAUACAAAUCGAACUGACCGUGGAGAAUAUCAUUUGAGGGCAUUAAACUCUCUUGGUGAGGAUUUUGCAUCAUUUUUAGUGACUGUCACGGCUCGUCCAACACCACCAGGCAAGAUAUCAACAAAACCAGUAACAAAUAAUAUAGUUACACUUACAUGGGCACCGCCUGAAGAUGAUGGUGGAUGUAAAAUUGGAAAUUACAUUGUUGAAUAUUUUCGCAUUGGAUGGAAUGUUUGGCUUAAGGCUGCCACAUGUCGCUCACUUGCAGUUACAUUGAAUGACUUGAUAUCUGGAUCUGAGUAUAAAUUCCGUGUUAAAGCAGAAAAUCCAUAUGGAGUUAGUGAACCGAGUGUAGAAUCAGAUGUUUUAUUCAUACCAGAUGCUAAGCGUGGCAUAACUGAUCCAACAAGGAGCAAAUCACAAUCAUUGCUUGGCAUUAAAAGUGAAGUGUCACCAGUUGCACCAAGACGACGAAAUCCAUCACAAUCACCAGCUAGAUCAAUGCUUACUGAACAUAGUGAGCAUAAAAAGCCAUCGCCAAUUCCACAAAUUAAAUUAAAUACGAAAAUAUUUGACGACGAUACAAUAACACGAGACAUGUCUUAUGGAACAUCUGAUGAUUUUUAUAAAUUUAAAGAAGUUCCGUCGACAUCACUUCACGAAAAAUCGGGGCUAGAGCAGCAGUCAAAAAGCCUCAAAGGUGUCAAAAAUAACGUUAAGUUUGUGGAUGAAGUUUUGCAGACGACACAAACAAAGACGAUUGACGAGCCAAUUUACGCAAAUCUUCCAAUAAAAGACAAUGAAAAAGAGCCGAAAACAUUAUCAAAAGGUAGCAAGCAAAAUGGUAAUCGCACAUAUUUGGAUCUCUCAAAAGCACGUGGUAGUGAUGCACAUAAUAGUAUACAAAAUAGUAGUGAAUUUAUGUUGGUUUUAUAUGCCGAUAAAGAGUCGAAGAAUGACGCUAAAAACGAUUCAUUUGAACUUGAGGAUUAUUUCGAACCACCAAAGCCACUCUCACAGUCAGCACCAGAAUUAAAUCAGAUAAUUCCAGAUGGUCCGAUCCUAAGACGUGCUGUAAGUUCAACAGAAUUACUGUUUGAAAGAGCAAUGGCAAGAUUCUAUAAAGCAGUUGAAAUUGAGCAAACAGAAAAUGCAAGAAAACGCAGCUUUAGUGUCGACGAUGAAGGAAGACAGAGAAGUGUCAGUGUUGACCAAGAAUCGAGACAUUUAGAAAUUCAUGCAGAUGCACAAGAUACUGCAUUGACGCAUUUGAGAAUCAAUUCAAUGACCGAGAGUGAAAAAAUGAGUGUUUUAAGGAGACGAUUGUCAGGCGAUACACCCAACCUACAUAUUAAUAUUCCCAAACGCUUAGAUUUAAAUCGAGAUGAAAGUUUUGACGAAUUUGAUCCGACUUAUUUGAAUACUUUAAGAAACGAAGAUAUUAAUUCACCGGAUAUGUAUAGCGAUGAACGAUCUCCAUCACCAUAUUCAAUGCCAAGAGCACAAGCUAACAAUGAUGAGGAGAAAUUCAGCAGUGACUAUUCAGAAAGUACUGAGUCGUCAAAUGUAGAAGAGGAAGAGGAUGAGGAUGCAUCACCACGUCGAUCACGAAAUCGUACAAAUGACAAAGAUACAUAUCAUGCACGAAUGCUCUCACCAUAUCGACAGCCACCAAAAGACGAAGCUGCUGAAGUACUUACGAAAUUAAAAUCACCACUUCCCGAUCCUAAUUUUAUUCCAAAACCAAUUCUUAAACGACCACAAAGUGCUGAUGGCAGGAAACCUACUCCAAUAUUUCCAAAACUUGAUCUUUUCAAAAGACGCUCACUGUCACCAUCACCACCAGCAAAUCGUACUCACAGAAAGAGCGUGGAAAUUGAUGAAAAACCUGUCAUUAUAGGACAGACUUCAAAGGAAGAAGUAAAGCCUAAAGUUGCUGAAGUUCCAGCAAUUAAGAAAGAAGAAUUGAAAGUUGAACGUAAAUCACAAAAAUCUCCAUCACCAGUUCCACAAAUUAAAAUUGACAAGAAAGAAUCACCACCAAAAACACAGCCACAGCCCCAAACUCAGACAUCAAGUCAGCUACAAGAUCAGAAAAAUAUUCAGACACAAAAACAAACAUCACCACAACCUUUACCAUUACCACAGUCAAAACAAUUUCUACAGCCAGAAAUUAUUGAACCAGAAGAAGAAGAACAAUUUGAUCCUGAAAUUCUCAAACGAGCUGAACAGACAAAACGAAAAAUGCUCGAACGACGACAAAGUUCAAUUGAGGAGAAUAGAGUCAUGGCUGAUUUCUAUGGUGAUAUCAUUAAAACAGUCUCAUUGCCAUCAAAACCAAAAGUUCCAAUUUAUAUGGAUCCAGAAGCUCUAAAGAAGCUUGAGAUGGAAGAAGAGCAACAAAAUGAUUCUGGUGUGAUGUCAGCAGCAGAACUGUCACCUCAAUCAACAUUAAAUCGACCAUUAUCUCCAAAUCCGAACAGAAGUCCAUCACCAUACAGUCGAAGAGCUUCAGAAUCAGGAAGACCACUUACCUUCUCUCCACCACCUGUUAGUUCCCCAGUUAAAGGAAGAAGAGCAUCAGAAGCACCAAAACUUCAAGGAAAGCAUACAGAACAAUUUUCAAAUCUUCCACUUAAAAACACAAUGGACACAUUUACAUCAAAUUACAAUCGACUGGAACUAAACAAAUCUCCAUCGCCUCAAACGAAUUCAUUUAAUAAAGCACCAACUGAACAGCAGCUUCCAAUUUCACCACCCAAACCACCAAUUAUUGAAAAUGAAGUAAGCUCAACUGAUGAACGCGGGCGUGUUCCAACAAAAUCAUCAACUGGAACAUUGCCAAAGAGAAGAAAGCAAUCAAAAUCGCGAUCUCGAGACACUUCGAUGAUUCGUAUGCCAGAUAUUCAUCCGAUAUUGCCAAAAUCACCUGUUGAACUUACGCAAUCAGUCGCACCGAUUACACGACGUAUGAAGUCAUCGUCUCGCACAAGAAAUCGAAGUGAAUCGAAAUCCCCGACAGCAAUGAAUAGGAAGAUUAUAAUCAAUCGUAUGGCACCGCCAGUGAUCAAAAAAGCAACGACUCCAUUAUCACAAUCACCAGUAUCAUCACGUGCAGUAACACCAAGUGAGUUUCAAGAAGAAGUUGAUGCGAAAGUUAAAUCGUCCAUGACCCAUGCAACAGACGUGUCAAUUCUCGUAUUUGCAACAUACAUUUAUUUCUUCAAGAGCGCAUUACUCGCAUUGCCAAUUUUAGUUCUCUUGAUUUAUCGACAAAUUGCUGCAAAAAUUCCCGAUUGGAUGAAAGGAAAGAAGAAAAAGAGUUAACGGUCUUGAAAAAUUCAAAUGUUGUUUUGUACUUUGAAAGGUUUGAGAACCGCUGGAAGCAGCUUUUUUUUUGUUCCUCACAAUUUUUAUUACAUAUUUGUUGGACAACUUUAUGACUAUUGCUGAUUAUCUGAUAGAAUUUCUGUUAUAACUUACUUAUUACUACUUAUUGUAUUUAUUUAUUGUUGCACUUUUUAUUUCACUCUUGAAAUAUUCAAAUUACAGUAAAUGUUAAAUAAAAAAAAAUUAAAAAAAUACAAAGUGACGUGGGUUUUAUGGCAUGCUGGUUUGAUAGUUUGGUUUCAGAUCUUAUGACUGUAUAGUCAGAUUUAAGAGGAAGAUAGGGCUUCUAUUCGACCCUAGUAGCUCCAUUAGAUUUGUUGUAACUAGGUUUUGUAGUAAUGAUGCUUAACAUAGCUUCUGGGGCUUGUUUUUAUGAAUAAUUGAGGCACCCUACCCUGGUUACUGAUAAAAUAUAUCUAUUCUCUAUAAUUCUAGUUCCUAAUUUUAAUUUCUUGAGAAGGGUGCACCAUGUAGUCAUUGAAAACAGCCUCUUACACUAAGUCAGUAAGCAGGUCUAUGUAAUAGAUGAUUUUAAGCCUACAAACUCUGUUCCGCCUCAAAAAAUAAAAUUUUUCAUGAUCAAUAAAAUCCACUUCUCCUGACAUUCCUCCUCACACCCAAAAACGCAAAAACAUGUAAAACUACAGUCAGAAUAAAUUGAUACAAAUAAUCCUUAUAAAUAUCAAAUUCUGUUGUCCCAAAUCCCAUACUCUCCAGCACUUCUGUUCCAUUUGCAAAGCAUUGUAUCUCUGGAUUUGGAUGGCACUUGAGCUUGUCAACUUGUGACCAGAAUAUUAUCGAUACAGUCUCAUUAGCGUAGAAGAAGAAGGAUAUGUAUUUAAGCAAUGGAACAAACUUAACGUUUGUAUACAUUCCGGAUACUAGAAGAAGCACCAAAUCGACAAUUCCUGACAGCUCAAUUCCAACAAAAAAGGAUGAAAAGAUUCCCGACAAGAAGAAUCCAUAAGCCAUUGAACAAAGACCAGCCAACAUAAUUGAAAAUGCAAUGCUUAAGAAUAUCAUGAAGUCACUUCCGAUAUCUGUUGCAAAAUAAAUAAUCGCCGCAUACAUAAAUGUCUCGGUAAUGAUACGAGGAAUCAUUAAAAGCACGAUAGUGACAUAAUAUGCUGACAAUGAGUAUAAUCGAUUUCCAGUCUCUUUUCUCAGCAGUGGCAGCUCAACGUAAACUAAUGUAAAAACAGCAUAAACAAAUGUGAAGAGAAUCUCUGUUGCGAGGAUAAUUAAAAAUCCCUUAAUAUCCUGAACUGAUGAUUCCGAAUCAAGUGAGAUGUUUGAAUAGACACUCA